AGGAACAAUGGAAGAGCAACACACAUGGAUCUCAUAAGCGUAAGGAUAGAGCUGAAGAUGAUGAUGGGGAAGGUACCUGCUUCAGUUGUGAGACGAAGAAGGGCGCUUUCGUCUUCAGAUGAAGAAGGUGAAUUGAUGGAGGGUCAGGCAAAUUCUAGCCCCCAGAGAGAGAAUUCUCCAGUAAGGCAAGAAGAGAGCAAUGUGGAAGAAGAAGAUGCUAAUUUGGAGGACGACGAAGAGGCAAAUUGAAAUUCUUCAUACAUAACAGAUCUUUCUGUGUUGUAACUUUUAGUGAUAAAUUCCAUUGAUGGUCUUUAUUCAAUUUUCAUAGGAGUUAGGGUGUGAGGACAAAUUACACUCAGGCCAAUGAUCAGUUUGAAUCUUG